AAAUUCCUACGAGUGAAAACAGGAAAUAACCAGACAUAGACAAGACGGUAUUUCCCAUAUUAUUGAGUGAACCGCCGACUGCAUUACCAGAGGCUCUGGGCUUAAAAAAAAAAAAAAAAAAAAAAAAAAAAAAAAACAGAAGCACCAGCGCAUCGCGAAAUUUCAAACUAUAAAGUUUGAAUUCCUGCAGCCACACGACACCACUCACCGGCCGCCGAGUGCCCGAAAUCACAUGGAGGUGCUCUUGUGCUCACAUGACGCUCCGAACCAUGGCAGGAGAGAUCAAUGAAGGCUCAGUUCCUGCCUAUUACAGGGAAGUGCACGAGGCCAUCUGCUGUAGGACAGAUGAGAGGGUGCAGGUUGAAGUCUUUCAGCGGUUGCUCCAAAGGACCGACCUCUCCAAGGCAGUUUUAGGCCAGAUUGCUGAGCAUGUUGACUCCACCGACGGAUUCCUGAGCAAGUUGUCCCUCUAUAAAGCGCUCGCUCUGAUUGCUCUUGCUCAGCAAGGAAAGCAGCCAAGCCCCAAACUUUUGGAGAACUGCAUACAAGAGUUACCGAAACCCCAGCUUGGGGAGCCGAAGGACUUGAGUGCAUUGAGGAUGCAGCCAGCACAGGAGGACGUACUGAUGAUGUCCCAGACGCUGGACAAGCUACUGGUCAGAGACACAGUCCAGGUGGAGCUCAUACCUGAGAAGAAGGGCCUGUUCCUCAAACAUGUGGAGUACCAGGUCACCAGCCAGCGUUAUAAAAUAUCGGUUUACCGACGCUAUAGCGAUUUUGACGUCUUCCAUGAGGUUUUGCUUCAGAGAUUCGCCUACAGAGUGGUGCCGGCACUGCCACCUAAAAGGAUGUUAAAGGGAGUGCUGACCUCCGUCUCUGAGCGGGAGUUCAUUGAGGGGAGGAGACGUGCUCUGGGCAGAUUCAUUAACUUGGUGGCACGGCAUCCCAUCUUCUCGGAGGACGAGCUGGUUAAGACCUUCCUCACCUUCAAUGGCUCUGAUGUUCAGACCAAGCUGCGUGAUGCUUACAAGAAAACGGGCGAUGAGUUCAUGACCAACAGAAUUGCCACCCAGGCAAAGGAAUAUCUCCCUGCUGACAUUCAGGCUCAGUUCUCAACGAGCAGAGAGCUGAUUAGAAAUAUCCACAACAGCUUCCAGAAGCUGCGGGACAGAGCUGAAAAAAUGGCGGAGCGCUCCAAGGAGAAUGCAACUGAUCUCCUCAUGUUUGGCAGAGAGCUCAGUGCACUGGGCUCAGAUCCUUCGUCUGUUCCCUCCUUGGCCUCUUCGCAAAGCACCUGGGGGACCCUGCGUCAGUCACUUAAGAGUCUGUCUGUGGAGUUCGCUGUCCUAUCUGACAAAGCUGCUCAGCAGGGCAGACGGGAAGAGGACGAUGUGGUCGAAAAACUGAAUCUUUUCCUGGAUUUGCUGCAGUCGUACAGAGAUCUCUGCGAGCGCCACGAGAAGGGCGUGCUCCACGAGCACCAUAGAGCUCUGCACAAGUACAGCGUGAUGAAGAGGCAGAUGAUGAGCGCCACUGUUCAGCCAAAAGAGCAGGCAUCUGUGGAGCAGCUGGAAUCACGAAUCGUUCAGCAAGAAAACGCCAUUCAGACCAUGGAGCUGCGCAACUACUUCUCCCUGUUCAGCCUUCAUCAAGAGACACAGCUUAUCUUCACCUACCUUCCAAUCACAUCCUAUAUUCUUGGGGCUUUUGUUAACUCCCAGGUCCAAGGACACAGAGAGAUGGGAGAGGUGUGGAAUGAACUCCAGCCAAAGCUCGGAUGUCUCUUUGGCGGUAAUAACGGAUUGAAACCCCCAUCUAAAACCUGAGUGAGCUGCAGAGGAUAAACACUGCCGCUGAUGAGGAUUACAAACUGGAAAAUAACUCGCUCUGUGAGCUAAGGCAAAAAAGUGUUAAGCACAACAAUUUUCUCCUUCUAUACAUUCCAUUGAGUGAGGGGAUUUUAGUUUUUGAGUUUGAUCAUCAACCAUAUCACCUUUAACUGGACAGUGUUGCUCAUGAGUCACUUUAUGCUCUACUUUAUGAGGAUAUAAUGUCAAUUUCCAAAUCAACUUUUACGACAGCCAACAAGGAAGCAAAAUCCUCUAAAGGGCGAUUUUACAAGGGAUACAGGAUGGAUAACAUUCAUAUUCAUGCAUUCCAGCUCAUCUGAUAAAGCACCUGAUAUUAACUCCAACUUGUAAAACGUUUCUUACACUAAGAUAGUUGAGAAAAAUGGAGAGGGACAGCAAGUUUUACUUUAUUAACAACUUUGUUAUUCCAAAUCUCUAGUCAUGAGGUUUCUGGUUUUACUUACUGAACUUUAGACCAAUGUAUUUUUGAUACAGAUUUUAGUUUAUAAGGACGUGCAUCAGCACACUUACUAUUUUUAUGGAUGUGUGCUAUUUCUUACUGUUCACUUUCAUGUAGAGCAACAUCUUUGCCUUCUUUGCUUUAAUUCUUCUCAAGGCAACACUUUUUUAUUUUAUAAGCUAUUUUUUUUGAGAAGCCUGAGCUGAUAUUGUAGGAUACUACAAAGAGCAGAGAUUUGAGUUAUAUUGAUAAAAUGACGACCUCUGGCACUAGUGGCAUAAUAUGUCAGUUAUAACACUAUAAGCUACUAAUUUGCUACCAAAGAUAAAUGUUAUGAAUUCACUUAGAUGCACACCUGUGAUAUAAAUCGUAUAGCAGAAUUCCUGCACAGGUCCAAUUUAAAACUUUCAUUAAUUAACACGUAAUAUCUUUAAUAUUAGCCAAAGAUGUUAGGCCAUAUCACUCCAUACAUGAGGACUGUUCUUCACAGCUGCAGAUAUCCAUUGAAAUCAGUGUAAUCCUGUAUAUGAGGACAAACACAAUCUGGAUAUUGCUGAAUUCCUUUUCCCUAUAUGGUCAGACUGUCUGUACACACAUAGUUUAUCAGAACAUUAUAUAUUUUUCUAAAAAAAAAAAAAAAAAAA